AUUAAUAGUCUAUUAUAGUAUUUAUACUCUAUUAUUUUUUAGUCUAUAACUGUAAAGCUAGAUCUAGAUUCUAAAGACUAUUAUAGCUAAGGAUGUGCCACUAGUAAAAGUUUGAAAAAGACUAAAUACACUAUUGGGUUGGGAGGGGCACCAAAGCCAAAGGGCCUUGCUGUGCCAGGCAUCUGACAUUAUCCUUAUGCCACUUACUGCAUCCCACCUUGUUAUUUUAUAAUUUAUAGAGGUUCAUUCUAAUAGAUCUACAUCUGUUUAUUUUAAUCCUAUUUAAUGUAUUUAAAAAAAAUUACUAUUACUAAUAUUUAAUCAAAUAUUUAUUACUAGUCGACCGGCGGCAUAGCAUGCGCCACUAUUUUGCAUGGCCGGUCUUAGGCCACUGCAACCUAUGCGACCGCAGUGGGCCCCCACUUUCAAAGGAUCCGCACUUUCAUAGGACCCGCGCUAAUUCAAGCGGUGAAACGUUGGCCAACAGGGACAGGAUAUUGCAAGGUCAAACAGACACUAAUUUAUCAGAUCUAGGGAAACAACAAGCUAAAUUAGUUGGGCUGCGACUCAGAGAUAUAAGAUUCACACAUAUGUUCUCUAGUGAUCUUGCCAGAGCUGCAGAAACGGCUACAGCGAUCGCAGCAGCAAAUGCUGCAUCUUCAUGUCAACUUGUAUUAGACAGCAGAUUACGAGAAAGGAGUUUUGGAGUUUUGGAAGGUAAAACUCUUCAUGAUCUUAAAGCUACAAUCAGCAAAUCAGGCAUGUCAUUUGAAACAUUUUCAAGCAAUGGGGCUGAAUCCAUGGAUAGCGUUAUAAGCAGAGCUAAAAGUUUCUUGGCGGAUCUUUUUAAGAUUAUGAGUACAAGUCACACUGACAUGGCCACCUUGGCUCCUAUAUCAAACACAGAAGAUUUUCUCACAGUGAGUAAUAAUGAUUUAAGUUAUUUUCAAUCCUCAUCAACAAUUGUAGUUCCUAAUGCAAGCAUGAUUUCACAUGCGAGUGUUCACUCCACUGACAGUCUGACAUCACUUAUAUCUGCCCCGCACUUGGCUGAUAUCCCUAGCUUGACCAGCCUUACAAGUUUGUUGGGUUUAGGCGGCAAGGAUUCCAUUCAAUCUUCAGACACAGAUCUUGCCAACACAUCACACCAGACCCCACAUUUGUCAAUCACUGAGUCAGUUCGGCUGGACACUGAUGAUGUCGGCACUGACCUGGAUGUGCCCAACAUCCUGGUUGUCAGUCAUGGACUCCUGCUUAGGGAGAUGACUCGUUUGAUUCUUGGCUGCUACUUGGGCAAGCUCGAUGGACAACUGAUCAAAGAGACGAUGCAUGUCUGUCACAACACAGGUGUCUCUAGGUAUCUGAUGCAAGUGACAAGUAUGAAUGAGAAAACAGAGAUCCAUUGUCUGAGAUGUUUAAUUGUGAAUGAUGUGUCACACUUGACAAGUAUUUAUCAAGGCAUGGUCACCCAGUUUAAUGGUGCAGCAUAAACACAAACGUUUUAGUCUGCUAUAGAUCCAAGUAGCUCUCAAGAUCUGCCAAUAUCUUUUAGUCUAUUAUAGAUACAAGUAGCUCUCAAGAUCUGCCAAUAUCUUUUAGUCUAUUAUAGAUACAAGUAGCUCUCAAGAUCUGCCAAUAUCUUUUAGUCUAUUAUAGAUACAAGUAGCUAUCAAGAUCUGCCAAUAUCUUUUAGUCUAUUAUAGAUACAAGUAGCUCUCAAGAUCUGCCAAUAUCUUUUAGUCUAUUAUAGAUACAAGUAGCUAUCAAGAUCUGCCAAUAUCUUUUAGUCUAUUAUAGAUACAAGUAGCUCUCAAGAUCUGCCAAUAUCUUUUAGUCUAUUAUAGAUACAAGUAGCUAUCAAGAUCUGCCAAUAUCUUUUAGUCUACUAUAGAUACAAGUAGUUAUCAAGAUCUGCCUAUAUCUUUUAGUCUAUUAUAGAUACAAGUAGCUCUCAAGAUCUGCCAAUAUCUUUUAGUCUAUUGUAGAUACAAGUAGCUAUCAAGAUCUGCCAAUAUCUUUUAGUCUACUAUAGAUACAAGUAGCUAUCAAGAUCUGCCAAUAUCUUUUAGUCUAUUAUAGAUACAAGUAGCUAUCAAGAUCUGCCAAUAUCUUUUAGUCCACUAUAGAUACAAGUAGCUCUCAAGAUCUGCCAAUAUCCUUCAGUCUAUUAUAGAUACAAGUAGCUCUCAAGAUCUGCCAAUAUAUUUUAGUAUAUCAUAGAUACAAGUAGCUCUUUAUGUCAUUACAUUGGUUUUGUAUUAGUGUUGAUGUGUUUUCAAGUAAACAAUUCUCCAUAGUUAAAAUUAACAAGUCAUAAAUUUUUGUGAAUUACUGCCAUGUUUUAUGCUAAAUUAAGAAUGAAGCUGCUUACCUUAUAAGCUUUUAGUUUGUUGUUUUUAUUCCCCUGAUUUAAUCAGUCCAAAUGAGCUACAUAAUGUGAACAGUUAAAAUCCAUUUCUGAUAGAUUCAAUAUUUUGUUUGUGUAACUAAUGUAAUUAAAUAUUACCUUAUUUUAGAAAGUCAUGUAAACCAUGCAGCAGUUGUAAGUUACAUAGAUCAAAGUAAAGCUUGUUUUGAUGCAUUCUGGGAACUGACUAGAGGCUUCCAUUACCAUAUUUUGAUGAUGUCUUAAAAACAUAAAUUUUAUACUGGCAGAGGAGUAUUGUUAAAGCAACAUUUCCCAGUCAAAGAGAUGGCUGCCAGAGUUUUGCGAGACAAGAUACUAGGCAGACACAGCAUUCUACAAAAAUGCUUUAGUAGCAGGUGUGCACCCAUAUUACAGCUACAUCAGCCAUGUAAAAACAUAUUUAUUUCUGUGUUCUCUAUUACAUAGUUAAUUCAGAUUUAAAUUAAAUUUAUUACAGAUAUAUCAUUUGGGCAAUGUACUGAAUUCCCAACAAAUUCAUUCUAGUUUGGCCUUUGAUUAACCUGUAAAUAUCUACUUUCAAAUGAUAUCUAAACAUCCCCUUCCCACUUGCAGCCCAUAAAUCCUUAAUUUUAACCAAUUUUAGUGGCUACUAAACAAUCUUUGCAGUAUAUCUUUUUGAAAUCUAAUUUUAUUUCAUAAUUUUGCAAGGUGCAAACUUUACAAAAGUGCUGAAAUGGGCCUACCAGUAUUUGUUUGGUAUUUAUUUUGGCAUUGAUACAUUAUGUUUAAAUAGAAAAUACUUGUAUGCCUUUAAAAAAUUUACUUUACCAUAUAUUUUUUUUUAUAGAAUGAUCUGACUACUUUCAAUAGUAAAUAAAACCAAAACUCUUA